GUCACCACUUUCUUAUAGUGGUAAAGAAGCACAUUUGUUUGGACGAUGUACCGAUCGGUCAUAUAGUUUCGGCGCGCUACUCUGCAUCGUGGUGAGAUCAGGAGUCGAUGUCUCGUAUCAAGGCCAAAAAGACAAGGAAGUUGCGUGGCCACGUAAGUCAUGGCCAUGGACGAGUAGGUAAACAUCGCAAGCAUCCGGGAGGACGGGGAAAUGCAGGUCUUGAACAUCAUCAUCGCAUUAACAUGGACAAGUACCAUCCAGGCUAUAUUGGUAAAGUUGGUAUGCGCCAUUAUCAUCUUAAAAGAAACCCCUACUACUGUCCAACAAUUAACCUGGAUAAAAUAUGGUCUUUAGUUUCGCAAGCGACGUACGAAAAGUAUAGAGACUCCACUGAUGGUAAAGCUCCUGUAAUAGAUUGUUUGCGCAAGGGUUAUUUCAAAGUCCUAGGCAAGGGAUAUCUUCCGAAGGUCCCAGUUAUUGUCAAAGCCCGGUUCUUCUCUCGGAAAGCAGAAGAAAAAAUCAAAGCAAUUGGGGGAGCUUGUAUAUUAACUGCAUAAAUAUAAUUUAGCAUUGG